CGCCGGGGACUCGCAGCGGCGGCAUCGGGGCUUGGGAGCGCCGCGGUGGGAACGACAGUGGCUGGCGCCGCUUCUCUUCCCUCGCUCCAUUCCUUCUCCCCCGCGGUGGGUUGCGCGUCGGCGCAAGUCCCGCGCCCGGCGUUCCUCCUUCUCAGUCGGCCGCCGCGGCGCGUACUGCAGAUCGCGCAACGAGAGGGACGAUUUGGCGCUGCGACCUGCCGCCCCCCCGUUUUGAUUCAUUUUAUUUUUUAUUUUUGUGAUCGUUGUUGUCCGCCCCUGUUUCUUUCCUUGCUCCGCUCCGUGGUCUUUGCCGGCGACAAGGACAGCAGUGCCCCUCGGGGAAGCCGGAGCCCUGCGGAUGCGCCUCCCUGGGACUGGGGGAGCUGACUCGGAGUGGAUUUAUUGACUCGCGGUUGCUUCCGAGCUGCCCGAAACAGCCCGGGCUGGUGCCCGUGCGGAUUGCAAACUGCGGGGAGCAGUGAGAGACAUACAGGAGGAGCCGCCCGCCGAAGCUGUGUGCUUUUCCCCCCGACCCUUUUAUUUCUCCCGCCACCCUUUAUUUUACCUUCGUUUUUUAAUUUAUUUUUUGUUUUACUCCUUUUCCCGCGGGCCUUAGACACUGUGAACGCGUAUGGCGCUCUGGAUCCAAAUGGGAGUUGGCAGUUUGAGUGGCAUCUUCCAAGGCAGCCGGGAGACCCCCACUAAGAGGAAGGACUGAGGCGUUUGCGUUUCUUUUGCUAUUGCUGUUACUUCGGAGGUAGCUUGGAUCUGACCUCACAGGAGAUAUUCCUACAUGCGAGUGGCAUACAUGACUCAGUAGAUCUGCUUGCAGCUCUCGCCAAGUGCAUCGUCGACUCUUACUGUGUGAUUUUUUUUAAAUUUUUUUUAUUAUUCUUUUUUUCCCUAUCAAUCAUCCCGGCUGUUGGGAUACCGGGCACCCACCCUGCUGUUGCUGCUCAGGUGCGUGGGAAGGCGCACGGCGGAGUUGGCGAGGCUCCGGGGAGGGACUCGGUGCCGCCUGCGACCAUGGCAGCGCGGAGGCGAGAUGCCUCCGCCUGGAAGUACUGCUGGGGAGCCGUGAUGGUUUUAUGCAGAACUGCGCUGGCGCGCUCCAUCGUUUUAGACCCCAUAUAUUGGAAUUCCUCUAACCCCAAAUUCCUUCCUGGACAAGGAUUGGUACUAUAUCCACAGAUAGGAGACAAACUGGAUAUUAUAUGCCCAAAGGUGGACUCUAAAACUAUUGGCCAGUAUGAAUAUUAUAAGGUCUACAUGGUUGAUAAAGACCAAGCAGAUAGCUGUGCUAUUAAAAAGGACAAUACACCUCUACUUAACUGUGCCAAGCCAGAUCAAGAUGUUAAAUUUACCAUCAAGUUUCAAGAGUUCAGUCCUAAUCUCUGGGGCCUGGAAUUUCAGAAGAACAAAGAUUAUUACGUCAUAUCAACAUCAAAUGGGUCUUUGGAGGGCCUGGAUAACCAGGAGGGAGGGGUGUGCCAGACAAAAACCAUGAAGAUCCUCAUGAAAGUUGGACAAGAUCCCAACUCAGCAGGGCAGCCCCGGCACACGGAUCCCACCAAGCGCCCCGAGCAGGAAGCUGGCACCAACGGGAAGAGUUCCACCACCAGCCCCUUUGUGAAGGACCACUCAGGAUCUAGCACAGAUGGCAGUAAGGCUGGGCAUUCCAGUAUACUGGGUUCAGAGGUGGCCUUAUUUGCAGGGAUUGCAUCAGGGUGCAUCAUUUUCAUCGUCAUCAUCAUCACUUUGGUGGUUCUUUUGUUGAAGUACCGGAGAAGACACAGGAAGCAUUCCCCGCAACACACGACAACUCUAUCACUUAGUACAUUAGCCACCCCAAAACGCAGUGGCAACAACAAUGGUUCUGAGCCCAGUGACAUUAUCAUUCCUCUAAGGACUGCAGACAGUGUCUUUUGCCCCCACUAUGAAAAGGUCAGCGGCGACUAUGGACAUCCAGUGUACAUAGUUCAAGAGAUGCCUCCUCAGAGUCCAGCAAACAUUUAUUACAAGGUCUGAGAAACACAACCAGCUCUGUGGUACAGUUGAGUCGUAGAGGAAACUCACUGGUCAAAUGCUUUCUGUUGGGGUUUGUGAUGACGCCUUGUGCGCUAGCAUUGACUUAAGCACAGGGGGGAGAAGGCAACAGCUCUUUCUCCAGGAACCGACGCGAGCUGGACAGCUUACCUAGUCUGUAGAAUUCCUAUCUCGGUGAAUAAGUAUUCACUAAAAGCUGGAAGACUUUUGUGUAGAAGAUGCCCAUUCCGAUUGCUGUACUCUUGUUACAUUCAUCAUCCUCAAAGCCAUGUGCCGUGGGCAUUCAGGCAUGUACAAAAGCCAAGGGAAGAUGGAGCAAUCCAUGGAUGUUAAUAGCUCUAGGCAUCCUGGGAAGGUGCUCUAGGAUAUAUCAAGCUUGAAAUGCAAUCUGCUGACUUUUGUGUGUCCCUCUCAGUGCAUACUGGAUUUGUCACACAGACCUUGGUGUCUAAGUAAGACUUGUUAAAGUUCUCUUGCUUUUAGUCCAUCACUGUUCCAUUUGUUUCUGUUAUCCGGGGCUCUGCCAUCCUUCACAUAAGAUUUCCUUUCACUCCACCUCCUGAAUCACUAAUGGAACAUUAAUGUUUGGAGAUCCGCACUCCAUCCAUCUGCUACAGCAGCCUCACUCGAAUGGGUAAUGCAUUUAUAAAAAUUGUGUUUGAUAGUAAGGAGCCUUCCAGCCAAAAAGUUAGGUUGUCAACAAAGUCAAGAGCAGGACUGGGUGGUAGAGGGAAGGGCUGAUUGAAGUUGCAAUUGAAUAUUGCUGCCUCAAAAAUAGAAGCUGGGAAGAAAAAAAAAAUGCAUUUAGGUAGCACAGCACUUUGGUAUGCUAAGUUUUAAGAGGCAAGUAGGAAACACAAUAACAUGCGCAGUGGAUUAAGGCUGCAUUUGAAGGAAUUCAUGGUUAUCAAAUACCAGUGUGCAGAAAAAAAGUACCUUCAAUACAGUAGAACAAAGGGGUAUUGUUAGUAAGUGAACAAGCCUGGAGAAGACAAGACAAUAGCAGGCCGCUGAGGAUAUAUUAGGGCAGGGCUGUUGUGGUACUGGCAAUAAAAUACACAGCUUUGAAGCUGUAGCAAAAAUGUAGUCUGCUUUGGAUGACUUUUAAGCAGACUCAGCUGCUAUACUAUCACAUUAUACUAAACACAGGGAAAGCAUUUAAGAAAACAACUGAGAGCCAAGUGACCAAGAUAAUUAUAAGCCAGUGGGUCAAGUGAGCUAUAAUUCGAUCACUGAUAAAGUUGUGGGAAAAAAAACAACAAACAAACAAAACAACAAACCACAAAACCUUGCUCAUCUCUAAAGUAAGAGUAAGGCAGAAUUUCUUUGUGACUGACCCUACUGGCACUUUGGCUUAUUGUAGUGCUGUCCCUGCACAGUGAGCGUAGGUACUGACUGACACAGCAGUUCAUUGGUGCUCUGUUGCAAAGUUAAAGCACAUAUGGCAAACCUCUGGCAGUCCAUAAGAGUAAAAUAAAUUAUGACACUGAGAUGGGGAAGGAAAAUAUGUCUUAUUUAUAAUAGGUGUAUAGAACACAAGGGAUAUAAAGUGAGAGUUUUUCUUUUGUUCAUUUUUUCUUACUUUUGGUUUGGAUUUUUUUACUAAUAUAUAUUUUGAGAUUGCACAGAAUCUACACCAGAAGAUGUGAAAUUCAUUUGCGGCAAUUGCAUAGUCUUAACUUGUCAUCAUUGUACACAUAUGUGUGUGUGUGUCUAUGUAUAUACACACACAUAUAAGUCUAUAUAUGCAUAUGUAUGUAUGUAUAUGUAUGCAUAUGCACACUUUUUUUAAAAAUAAAAUACUUCUGGAAAACAAAAAUCAGCUGUCCAAAACCACCAGUGGGAGCAUAAUUUUAAAAAAAAUUCCAAAGCAUCUUGUAAGAGAAAAGUAGAAAAUAUAAGGUCCGAAAUAUCAGGAAUUCAGUGCUACUGCAUCAAAUAUUUAACAGCAACAAGAUGUGCCGGCAUUUAUUUUCCAUGUUGUGUUUUCCCUUGCCUUACAGGCUGAUGUGUUCUGUAGAUUUUGUUGAGGUUCGUAGAGAGGGGUUUCAGGUUAAAGUUUUCUCUUUAGCAUGGCUAUUCCCCUAAAGCUCCCACCCUAGGGAGGAAAAAAAAAAAAAAACUCUACUUUUAUAUGUGCUAUGCAAAUAGACAUUUCUAACAUAGUCAUGUUACUAUGGUAACACUUUGCUUUCUGAUUUGGAAAGAAAAUGUAGCAACAGCAUUUUAGGGUUCUCAGACCUCCAGUGAGCACCUGCAAGGAAAAAAAAAAGGAAAAAUAAAAAAAAAAAAAAAAGAAAAGAAAAAUAUCUGUCAUAGAAAUGAUCACUCUCUUUGUUUUCUGAACCUGAAGAUAAUGUUGGGAUGUUGGUCCAAAAGAGAGAAACAAAAAACAAAAAAAAUUCCAACCAAUGGUUCUGUGGAAGGUUACCAUGGUGACUAACUACAGUACAUAUGUAAUUCUUUUCAACAACCCUUCUUUUCUAUGAAUCCAUCCAUACAAGGUUCUCUUGUAAGUCAUUAAGAUUUUAUUUUGGGGGAGGGGGAGGAAGGGAAAAGAUAGGUUUACUGAUCCUUAUUUUUAUUAAAUCAUAUCUAUGCUUCAUCAGUUGGCCACAUUCUAGUUACAUACUAAACCAUGAAAAAAAAAUCAGACAAAUUGCUUAAGAGCAACCUGCAACCGAUUGAAAAAAAAAAAAGUACUGUGCGUCUGUUUUGUGUCUGGUGCAGAAUUAUGACAAUCUACCAACUGUUCCUUUCUUUGACGUUGGUCCAGCUUUGAAAAGUUACUGUAAAUGCCUUGCUUGUAUGAUCAUCCCUAGUCACCCGAAUUGGAAUUUGCACCAUCAUGUUUAAGUGAAGAUGCUGUAAAUAGGUUCAGAUUUACUGUAUAUGGAUUUGGGGUGUUACAGUAGCCUUAUUCACAUUUUUAAAUAAUUAAAAAACCCACAUGAAAACAAGAUAAAAAAGGCUUUUCUUAACCAGAUUGUGUAUAUAGAGCAAUGUUGGUUUUUUAUAAAGUCUGAGCAAGAUGUUUUGUAUAAAAUUUGAAUUUUGCAAUGUAUUUAGCUACAGCUUGUUUAAAGGCAGUGUCAUUCCCCUUUGCACUGUAUUGAGGAAAAAAUUAUAUAAAAGGUUGCCAAAUUGCCGCAUAUUUGUGCUGAAAUUGUGUACCAUGAAUAUUUAUUUAAGAAUUUCUUUGUCCAGUUUGUAAGUAACACAGUAUUAUGCUUGAGUUAUAAAUAAUUUCUUCUUUCUUUUUCUUUUUUUAAUUUUAUUUUUUUGUUUUGUUUGUUUGUUUGUUUCAUUCUGUAUUAAAACUAGCCGGUCAUAAUUUUGAAAUCUGCUUUAGUUCCACAUUGCGAUUAGUUCCCAGAAAAUGAAAAUUAUGAAAAUCACAUUCCACGUCUGUUUCAAACUGAAUUUGUUCUUAAAAAAAUAAAAUAUUUUUUUCCUAUGGAAACCUUGCCUUCUAAGUAUUUUCUUCUUUAGUUUUGCAAUUUUUUUUUCUUUAAAAAAAUAUGGAAAUAAAUAGGAAAGUCACCAAGCCUGCCUACCUGCUUGCCUGCCUCCCUCCCAUCUCUCCCUUCCUCCUCUCCUCUCUCUCUCUCCAGACUGAUUGGUAGUGGUUUAUGGGAAAUCUCCUUAGGGUACACUGACUCCUGUUAACCUACUUCUUUCAAAUUCUCUCUUGCAUAUAUCAGCAGAUUUUAGAAAACACCUGGACAUCUUAUGCCCUUGGAAGUCAAUGAACUGCACUCAGAUGCAAUAGCCAGAUUGCUUGGAUGAUCUUGGAGUUGAGAGUAUAACCACAUAGGUAAUUCCAAGACAUCUCUUCAUGGUUCUUCUGCUGCAGCCUAGGGGAGAUGAGGGCCCCAAUGUGCAGGUAGCACAAGCCUUAAUACAUUAUUUGUGGUUCUGCUGCCCUAAUUUUCACUAGGGUAACAAAUUCAUUUAAUAAACAAUACCUUCAUUUUCUGACAAAUCACCAAUCACCCUGAAAGUGAAGCACCUUUCCAUUUGUUAGCAGCGCAUAAAUGGUAUGAUGGUCCUUGGAGUAACAGGUGAGGAGGUCUACAGAGGGCAAAUAUACAUUUGUCACUUCAACAACAGAUGCCAAUUAGCCAUAGAAAUUUCACUGAAGAAAAGCAGUUGUACUACUAUUUGUAGUAUGGGUCAUGCAAUUCCCAUUUGUUGAAUUAUUUAUUAUUUUCGGAAUAAUCAGAGAAAAAUUACUAUGCCAAAGACACUUAGGGUGUCGCAGUGGCACAAGUACUCUGAAAUGGGACAUACAGAAACCCCUGGACUGGGAGAUGGCUGAACAAGUGGGACUUCUUGCAGUUGGAGCUCAUUUUAGAGAUCCAGUUGGCAGAAUGUGUGCUGGAAGUCGACCUUAAAGGGAAAGUCACACGGUGGCAUUUAGGUUCACCUCCUGGCUCUGGUACAGGUGACCUUGGGAGAUUUGGUCCAGCAGAAGGCAUAAGAGUGAAACGUGAGCAUCCUCUGGCAUCUCAGUACAUCUUGGGCCUAACCCUGUAUGUCUGUAAAUCACUUGUGUUGUCUGAGCACGCAGAUACUCUGUGGCUGGAUUGUGUUCUCUGCUUCAUGGUUGCACACAGGCAAUUCUUGCCGAUCUCGGUGGGCUGUCAUGAGGGCUCCCACGUCGUCAUCUGCUGUGAGGUGCUCAGGUCUGCUCUGUGCUGAAAGCCUGUCUGGCACAACCAUCUGUUAGAGAUGUGCCUCUAGCUUAGUUAAGGCCAAGGCUAUUGUUUUUAUUUUAAUCCUUGUUAAAUACUGGAAGAUGUUGAUAAACAAAUACUUGAAUAGUGUCAAGUUUACAUGGCAUUUUCAUUACUGUGCCUCUUUUUUCCAAGUAUAAUAAACAUUUAUUAUUAUAUGUAUUUAUAACUAGCAUAUAUACUGACACCUGUGGACACCUAGUUUUGCCACUAUCUUAGCAAUAAUUGGUGUUACUAAAAAACUGUGUCUCCACUGGGAGGGAAAAAAUCAUUGCCAGUGUAAUAACUAUGUGUAUAUUUAUGCCUGGGGCCAAGGAUGCUUGGUUAACAGGAGUGCCUUGCACGCAUACCUUCCCAAACAGAGCAGAACCUCCACUGAGCUGCUGAACUCAUUUUAGUAAAAGAUGCCUUAGAUAAUCAGCAAAAAGUCAUUGUCUUACAACCCAUCUUUUAUAACUUGCAGAGGAAAAAAGAUACUUUCAUUUUUUCCUGCUGCUGACGCCUCACUAUUAAUUAUCAAACAAGCACAAAAUCAGAAUUUACUGCCUUUAUUACAAAACUGGUUCUCUGGCAAGAGCUAGUCCAAGUCAAUAGGCUCCACUAAGUGGAAAAUAAAAUUAUAAUUCACAGUAGUUAUCUAUCUAGAGUGGAAUUAGGAUCUGGUACAUAAAAUAGUGCCUCACAAAGUAAGCAUAACAAUGUUACUGCCUUGGUUUAAAACGUUGUACCUUUUGUUCAGCCUGUCUCUUUAGCUCUCCUGUGAUGCAUUGAUCAAAUGCUCACUCAGUCAGCAGCACACUCGUUUUGAUUCUAUGGGCACCAUAAAUUUUCUUUUUGCAGAAAAGCUUAAAAUUUUUGUAGUGGUUAGCAAAAUAAAGGACAAUGAAAAUUCAGCCUUUCUAACUGCCAUUCUCUAUCUUCACAGCCACAAUACAAAUUUUGGUGGGGAAAAUGCCCAGGGUUUAAAAACACCAAACAAACCCCUUAUACAAUUGGUAUGUCAUUACAUGAUGCAUCAGACCAGAAAUCAAGUAAUAUUUGUUUUGGAAAAAGAUGAAUGUUGGAGCGUAUACCACAGUGAAUUAAUGAUUGUGCUAUUCAUAAUCCAAAUGGUGCUGGAUUCAGCCGACUGAGCUAUCGUCUAUGAAACAAAAUAAUACCCGUCUUUCACACGAUUCAUGCAAAUACUUGGAUGUGUAAUUAAGGCAUAAUGGGAUCCAUAGGAAACCCUUUUGAGCAGGAGGGGCAAGAGCCUGCCCAUACACAGUGAGGAUGAGGAGGUGGAGCUGCUGGUGGCUGAUUCUGGAGGAAUGCCUGUGGAACAUAGGGAGGAGGCAAGAGAGGGAGAGUGUGUGAAGUGACCUUCUGAGGAGGAGGCUCAGGGAGAUCUACAUUGACAAAAUCCAGGGAGAAAUCAGAGCAAGGCGGUAGCUGUGGAGGUAGAGAAACAGAGUCUUCACAGCUCUGGGAAAGGCUUUGGUGAGAAACACGUAACAGCAAGCAGAAGAAAAGUGUCGACAGAUGAAAGGCAAGUGUAGUGUUUGAUAAGUAUUGGUGGUUGUUUCAGGUAGGUGAGGAGAUCAAACCAGGUUGUUCUGCUAGACACUGAGAGGAAACUGAGCCUAAAUGGGAUGGAGAGCCCAGGCCAGAACUCUAUGCUUUCUGUAACAUGGGAUCCUGUGAAAAAGCAUCAAGGAUCUGCAAGAAUUGAAUAACUGUAGGACUAUUCAAACUCCAAAAAGCAAAUAACUUGUGCACAGCUUUCACAGCCCCUGGAAUAGGAAUUGUGUUUUCAUAAGUGCAUUGAAAGACCCUCAUGUGCUUAGACUGCUGAAGAAGUGCAAUUAUUAAAUAAUUAAUAUGGGGAAUUUAUUGAGGGUGGGAGGGUAGUUACUUCUAGAUCAGACCUUCAGUGGAUAUAAAUUAGCAUAGUUCAGUUUGAUAUCUGAUCCUACUUAUCGCAGUUCAGAAUUGCACACGCAUAAGCAAUACUCAUACAGAUUAUAGCCCUCAGCUAUGAGAAAAUGCUUUAUAAGAGUGUUGUUCUGAAUAUUAUGAAGAUUGUACUCAAAAACAUACCAACAGUGACUUGCUUUUAUAAAAGACUGCUUUCAAUGCCAUAAAAAUUGUAUUUUGUAUUUUAUUGAAUAUUGUCAGCAAUUUGCUGUAUCUGUGCAUUAAAAGUAGGUUGGAUUACUAGCAAAUGUGUAAUAAAAAUUGUUCAUGUUUUAA